AUGGGCGUCCUUGGUAAUACUCUCGUUCUUGUCGUCAUCAUCGUCGUACGCGAUCUGCACGAUGUCGCUAAUGUCUUGAUCGGUAAUCAAUCUCUGAUUGAUCUCUUGACAUCUCUCCUACUCCUAGCAAGCUUCGUUGCUCCUCUACCAUCUAUUCCAACCAACAACCCAAUCCUUGCCCGGUUCCUCUGCGCAUUUUGGCACUCCAAGUAUCCGUUCUGGUCUCUGAUCGUCGCUAGUUCACUCAAUCUAACAUUAAUGACACUGGAGCGGUACUAUGCUAUCGUAUUCCCUCUUCAUUACCACAGUAGAACCACAUCAACUAAAUUCAUCUGUCUUGUAGCUCUACCAUGGCUGUCGGGAUUUGCCUAUCAGCAGAACCUGAUGUGGUUUUCGCAGACGGAAAGUGGCAGUUGCAAUUUAUUCCAGUUCCCAAAUGAUGAGACGAGAACCGGUUUCGCUUUUAGUGCGAUGUUUUUAGAACUGGUCUUACCGAUUGCAGUAAUGGUAUUCGUGUACACUUCGUUGACCAGAAAGUUGAGGUCGACAAUGGAAGAAAAGUUCCACAAGAGGACCAAGGAAAAUCCUAGAUCAACCUCAGAAUCGAAAACAAGGAAAGCUGGACGUGUGGACCAUCGACGUACUGCCAGAAGAAAUAUCAUUAAAGAAGAGAGGUCAUGGAAUAUUAAGUGA